AUGGAUCUAACAAAGCUAUUUCACAAUCUUCGCGAAGAAGUGUCUUGUUCGGUGUGCUCGGACUUAUUUGCGGAUCCUAAACAUCUCUCCUGCCUUCACAGUUUCUGCUUAAAGUGUCUAAAAAGAUGGUACGAAACGUGCGGCGGUGGAGAGGCCAUUAAAUGUCCAAAGUGCCAAGCCCUAAGCAGAAUACCAGCAAGCGGUGAUCUGAAAGAUCUUCCAACUAGCUUUUAUUUGAACGGCUUGAUCGAUGUUCUUGCUAUUAAAGAAUGCAAAAGCACUCAAGUGACAUGCGGAAACUGCGACAAGAAGAGUUCAGAAGCUUCGUAUUGUUUCCAGUGUUGCAUAUUUUAUUGCGAACAAUGCCUGGUUGGUCACAAUAUGAUGCGAGACAAAAAGGAACACCGCGUAUUGGCAGUGAAAGAGUUCCAAGACAAGGACUACGAGGAUGUAUUGAAGCGACCAGUGUUUUGUUCAAAGGAACGACACCAGAAAGAAGAGCUUAAAUACUACUGCAAAGAAUGCGAAACAGCUCUUUGCCAAACUUGCGUCACUUUGAAUCACGGAGGUCAUGAUUUGAGAUUAAUCGAAGAAGAAGCCGAAAACAAAACACUCGAAAUAAAAUCUAUCCUUCAAUCGCAGAGAGAAGCCUUAGAUGCAAAACUGAAUGUAAUUGCUCAACUAGACGAGGACUGUGCUAAAGUGAUUCAACAAAGUGAAAUCGCCAGGAGAGAUGUCCAAAGGUUUGCUGAUGGCUUGAUCAAAACAAUUCAAGCAAAAAUGAAAAAUAUUAUUACCGCUGUGGAAAACCAAACGAAGAAGUCACUCGAAAGUUUAAAAGCAAAAAGAAGUGCGAUUCAGCAACAGAUAAAUGCCACCGAAUCAUCACUGGAGGAAGCUGAUAAACUUUUAAAACGAAGCACCACCGCGGAAGUUGUUCAACUUAAAAAAUCGUUACAGACAAUCUUUCAUGGAUUGAAUCAAACCGAGCCUAUUGUUUAUGACCCCAGUAGUCUGAAAACUUUUGUUUUUGUGGAAAAUCAGAAGAUGCUUGACAUCGUCAACGAGGAAGAAAUUGGAUUCUUGGAAGAACCUUCUCAAACAAAAGCAAGUGAAUCACUGGCUGAAGGUGAAGGACUGAAAGAAGGAACUGUAGCGCGUAAAGCUCAAUUCAAUUUGAUCACCAAAAACGCAGAGAGGAAGCAGUGGUGUGAUGAAGGGGACCGUGUCACGUUAGAGAUCAAGGACGAUCAAGGACAAGGAUGCGUGACGGAAGUGCGAAUAGAUGAUAACAAAGAUGGGACGUACAAAAUCACUUAUUUUCCCAUAUUUCAGGGGACAUUCAAAUUAUUAGUUAAAGUAAACGGGGAAAAUAUUUCUUGUAGUCCUUUUACUGUGAUUUUAAAACCAUUUCAAGUCAAACCUGUUUUAUCUUUUGGAAAGGAAGGCUCGGGUGAUGGCAUGUUUGAGUAUCCUCUGGGGGUGGCUGUGAGUGAUAGGGACGAAAUAGCAGUAGCUGAUCAGUCUAACCAUCGGGUUCAAGUGUUUGACAGUAAAGGUACUUUCUUAAGAUCCUUUGGUCACAAAGGUGAAAACAAUGCAGAGUUCAACCACCCUGUUGGAAUAGCCAUUGAUAAGGACAGGAAUAUUUUUGCAGCAGACAGUGAUAACAACAGAAUACAGAUUCUUAGUUGGGAGGGAAGGCACCUGGGUUCAUUUGGCGGCCAGGGAAGGCUUGAUAGUCGGCUCUCUGACCCUUGGGGUUUAUCCUUACAUAGCACUGGUAAUGUUAUUGUUGCUGAUGCAGGUAACAAACUGAUUAAGAUCUUUACCCCCGAUGGUAGGUUUGUAAUGAAGAUAGGUGGACAGGGUUCUUUUACUUUUCCUGUUCACUGUGUUCAGUGUGGUGAAUAUUUCAUAGUUUCAGACUUAGGUGAACACUGUAUCAAAGUAUUUAACCGGGAGGGGCAUUUUCAGUACAAGUUUGGUAAGAAGGGAGAGGGGGACGGGGAGUUUCAUCGGCCACGUUUUCUGUCAGUGACUCAGUCAAAGCACCUGUUGGUUUGUGAUAUGAAAAAUCAUAGAAUACAAGUCUUUGAACUAGAUGGGAAGUUUGUCGGAAAGUUUGGAACAAAUGGCACCAAAUUAGGAGAAUUCAAGGAACCAUUCUCAGUAGCUGUUCUAAGUAAUGAUCAAAUUGUUGUGUGCGACAAAAAUAAUCAUCGAAUUCAGAUAUUUCAAUAAAAACUGUCCUUUUUUCCCGGAGGAAAGGAGUAAGCAAAUCUCUCUUUGAUUAAUAAAUGUAUAUGUCAGCUGUACAGCAGUGCUAUAAUCUUAUUGUAGGCAAGUGAAGCCGCAUUUAGUCCGAGGUGAACCCUUGUGGUCUUAAAUCAAGUUAUGUACAUAACGUAUUUGUUAAAGGAGUGAGUUGACUUGGAUAUUCUUUUAAUAAAGUUCUGUAUUCGAUAAACGAUUUCUUCUUUAAUUCUUACUAACAUUCAUUCUCAACCAAGUUACAGAAAGGUGGCAGUGGUAAGCUUUUUUUGAACAGAAAUACGUGAUUGCUAAAUUAAUAUCUAUUUUUGCUUGAAAAACUUAUAAAUAUUCAAUAGGCAUAUUCUCGUGGAAGGACAUGAGAAAGUCGUCUGACAGAAAAUUCCCUGAGGCGAGAGAUUUGAAUUGAGGCUUGGGAAGAUACGGAGUUGAAUGAUUGAAACAGUGGAAUGCUAUGCUAAUUAAGAUUGGGAGGUCAUUGGAAAUAAAUUAAAAAGUGAAAAAUUCAACAAAAACCUUAUAGAUGGCGAAAAAACAUAUUCAGCCUACUGAAACGACCAAAAGAGUGACAGGUUAUUAGAGCUUAUUCUAAAUGAAGGAACUUUUUAACCGAGAAACCUGGCACCAAAUAAAUUCUUAAUUAGUGUUAUAAUGAUUAUAAAGACUGCUUAGCAUGUUAAGGCGGAAUAUAUAUACAAUUUUUACCUGUUUUCGACCAAACCCCUCAUGUCGCGUUGCAAUCACUCUCCUCCAGUAUUAAACUUCUUUCCUCUCGUGCUGUUAUCAACGGUGGAAAUCGGAAGCCCCAGUUAAGCAACGACGAGAACGGCAAAAAGCAAUAAGUCUAUUCAUUUAUUUGCAACAUGUACGCGUAUGGCUGUCGCAUUUGCAAUUAUUGCUUUAAGCAAACAAUUAAAAAAAUUGCUAAUAAUACUUUCGAAGACGUUUGUUUAGACUGUGUCCGGGGGGGGGGGUACUUCAUUAGUUACCCAUAUAGGUAUGUGCCGCUUUAAAGUUUCGCUCUUAAAACGGCAAUAGAACGAGUACAGUCAGCCCCUCCCCUCAAACAAAAUAGAGGAGAGAGACGGGGCGGCAGUACACAAGCUAACAGAUGUUUUGCUUUUAUUUACUCUGCACUCGUACUUGAUUUAGCAUCCUUCAUAGUUAUGGCUUUCACGCAUUCUUGCUUCACAAAGGAUUUAGUCUUCAUCUUGUUAUUGAUCGUUUUACGUCUGGUUUACUUUUAAAAUAAUUUGCAUUUAAAAUGCAGGGGCACCAAACGAGAAUAUAGUUCAAAACCACUUAAACAUAGCAUUGUUAAACGUAUUUUAGUAUUUAAACGGUAGAUAAAGGCAUAUUUUUAUCCCCUAAACAUUUUUCAUCUGUUGGGAUUUCCUAGCUGAAAGUCUAGUGAUCCCAAAAUUAUAGGGAUCAAAACUUACCUUUUCGAAAAUUUCAGCCAGAAAAAAGGCUCCCGAAAAUUCUAGGUGACCUUUUUAGGGUAAAAAUCCGUUAAAAAUAGGCGAUUAAACCAUUUUUUAGAUGUUCGAAAAUCCUAGGAGAGGCAGGCGGGCAAGAAAUUUUACAACAAAUGUUUCGAAAAUUCUAGAUCUCAAAUCGUCUUCCGAACAGAUAUUUUUCCGAAAAUUGUCGUUGGGUGCCCCUGAAAAUGGCACACUAAAGCUGGCGCGACAAGGACUCUUACAACAGCGAUCGUGAUUGGCUCGUCGGCUUUUGUUUCCGAGAAAAGCUAAAGAUAGAAAGUCACAAGACUUCAUUGUUGGGUGUGGAGUGCAUCGAAGGUCACUUCGCCUUUGUUCCUGAAGCCAUCAUGGAUCUUACAACGCUAUUUUACAAUCUUCGAGAAGAAGUGUCUUGUUCAGUGUGUUCGGACUUAUUUACGGAUCCUAAACAUCUCUCCUGUCUGCACAGUUUCUGCUUGAAGUGUCUGAAUCGAUGGUACGAAACGUGCGGCGGCGGACAGACCAUUAAAUGCCCGAAGUGCCAAACCCUAAGCAGAGUGCCUGCGAGCGGUGAUCUAAAAGAUCUUCCAACCAGCUUCUAUUUGAACGGCUUAAUCGAUGUUCUUGCCAUCAAAGAAUGCAAGAAGACUCAAGUUACAUGCGGAAACUGCGACAAGAAGAGUUCAGAAGCUUCGUAUUGUUUCCAGUGUUGCAUAUUUUAUUGCGAGAAAUGCCUGGUUGGUCACAAUAUGAUGCGAGACAAAAAAGAACACCGCGUAUUGGCAGUGAAAGAGUUCCAAGACAAGGACUACGAGGAUGUAUUGAAGCGACCAGUGUUUUGUUCAAAGGAACGACACCAGAAAGAAGAGCUUAAAUACUACUGCAAAGAAUGCGAGACAGCUCUUUGCCAAACUUGCGUCACUUUGAAUCACGGAGGUCAUGAUUUGAGAUUAAUCGAAGAAGAAGCCGAAAACAAAACACUCGAAAUAAAAUCUAUCCUUCAAUCACAGAGAGAAGGGUUAGAUGCAAAACUAAACGUGAUUGUUCAACUAGACGAGGACUGUGCUAAAGUAAUUCAACAAAGUGAAAUCGCCAGGAGAGAUGUCCAAAGGUUUGCUGAUGGCUUGAUCAAAACAAUUCAAGCAAAAAUGAAAAAUAUUAUUACCGCUGUGGAAAACCAAACGAAGAAGUCACUCGAAAGUUUAAAAGCAAAAAGAAGUGCGAUUCAGCAACAGAUAAAUGCCACCGAAUCAUCACUGGAGGAAGCUGAUAAACUUUUAAAACGAAGCACCAAUGCGGAAGUUGUUGAACUCAAAAAAUCACUACAAACAAUUUUUCAGGGAUUGAAUCAAACCGAGCCUAUUGUUCAUGACCCCAGUAGUCUGCAAACUUUUGUUUUCGUGGAAAAUCAGAAGAUGCUUGAUAUCGUCAACGCGGAAGAAAUUGGAUUCUGGAAAGAACCCUACCGAACAAAAGCAAGUGAUUCUCUGGCUGAAGGUGAAGGACUGAAAGAAGGAACUGUAGCGCGUAAAGCUCAAUUCAAUUUGACCACAAGAAACGCGGAGAAAAAGCAAGAGUACAAUAAACAUGAUAGUGUAACGGCGGAGAUCAAGGACGAGAAAGGACAAGAAUGCGUGACGGAAGUGCGAAUAAAUAAUAACAAAGAUGGGACCUACAAAAUCACUUAUUAUCCCAGAGUUCAAGGAACAUUCAAAUUAUUAGUUAAGGUGAACGGGGAACAUAUUUCUUGUAGUCCUUUUACUGUGAUUUUAAAACCAUUUCAAGUCAAACCUGUUUUAUAUUUUGGAAAGGAAGGCUCGGGUGAUGGAAUGUUUAGGUAUCCUCUGGGGGUGGCAGUGAGUGAUGGGGACGAAAUAGUAGUAGCUGAUCAGUGCAACCAUCGGGUUCAAGUCUUUGACAGUAAUGGUACUUUCUUAAGAUCCUUUGGUCACAAAGGCAAAAAUGAUGGAGAGUUCGACAACCCUUUUGGAAUAGCCAUUGAUAAGGAUAGAAAUAUUUUUGUAGCAGAGUAUAGUAACCAUAGAGUACAGAUCCUCAGUUGGGAGGGGAGGUACCUAAGUUCAUUUGGCGGCGUAGGAAACCUUGAUAGUCAGCUCUCUGACCCUUGGUGUUUAUCCUUAGAUACUAUUGGUAAUAUUAUUGUUGCUGACAAAGGUAACAAACUGAUUAAGAUCUUUACCCCGGAUGGUAGGUUUGUAAUGAAGAUAGGUGGGCAGGGUUCUUUAAGUUUUCCUGUUCACUGUGUUCAGUGUGGUGAAUAUUUCAUAGUGUUAGACUCAGAUGAACACUGUAUUAAAGUAUUUAACAGGGAGGGAAAUUUUCAGUACAAGUUUGGUAAGCAGGGGGAGGGGGACGGGGAGUUUAAUUAUCCAUGUUUUCUGUCAGUGACUCAGUCAAAGCACCUGUUGGUUUGUGAUCGGAGAAAUCAUAGAAUACAAGUCUUUGAACUGAAUGGGAAGUUUGUAGGAAAAUUUGGAACAUAUGGCAACAAAUUAGGAGAAUUCAAUUAUCCAUUCUCAGUAGCUGUUCUAAGUAAUGAUCAAAUUGUUGUGAGCGACAAAGACAAUCAUCGAAUUCAGAUAUUCCAAUAA